CGUAAAAUUAAGCUGCAGCAAUGUGUCGCCAGAACAGAUUCAACCCCAAAACCGCAACUUCCCUGAUCAUCGUGCACGGGGCGGCGGUGAUUCUACUUUGCAGCUGGUUUGUUCACUUUGGCCCCUGCAACUUCACUCCUGCAGGCCCAAAAGUUCACGUUUUGCUGCUGUCCUCGUGGAGGUCGGGUUCAUCCUUUCUGGGUCAGAUUUUCAGUCAGCACCCGUCUGUUUUCUACCUCUCAGAGCCCGCUUGGCACGUCUGGACCAAAAAGUGGACGUCUGGUGCGCAGGCUCACCGAAUAGCAGUGAGGGAUCUCUUAUUGCAUUUAUACCGCUGUGACUUUUCUGUGAUGAGUUCCUACCUUCCAGAGAAAUGCAGCGUGUCCUCCAUGUUCAUGUGGACUCACAGCCGGGCACUGUGCUCGCCGCCUGCUUGUCCCCUUACGGCCACCAAUGACACUCAGUGCCGCCAGAUAUGCCAUGCUCAGGACAUGAAGAAAGUGGAAAAAACCUGUCGCGGAUACUCUCAUCUCAUAAUUAAAGAAGUGCGAUUUUUUGAGCUGGAAUCCCUUUAUCCCCUUCUGCAAGACCCAAACUUGAACAUCCGCAUUGUUCAUCUUGUUCGAGACCCGCGGGCCGUGAUACGGUCGAGAGAGGGGUCAGCCAAAGCGUUGAGGAGGGACAAUGCCAUCAUUCUGGAGCACCGAAAGGUGCCAACGGCUGAGAACAACUACGAAGUGAUGCAGGAGAUCUGCAGAAGCCACAUACGCAUCAAUGAAAGGGCAAUCCUGAAGCCACCUCUGUUUCUGGAAGGCCGCUACAAAAGGAUUCGGUUUGAAGACGUGGCACGCAACCCGCUGAAGGAGAUGAACGACAUUUAUAAGUUUGUAGGCUUGAAGAUGACUAAACAAAUAGAGGAAUGGAUCUACAAGGUGACCCACGGAAAAGGGAAAGGCAGCAAGAAAGAGGCUUUCCAGAUCACCUCUAGGAAUGCCACUGAGGUGUCGCAGGCGUGGCGCACCGUGCUGCAACACAGCAAGGUCAAACGCAUUCAGGAGCUGUGCAAAGGGGCCAUGUUGCUGCUCGGCUACCGGACAGUUGACAGCGAAAAAGAGCAGAAGAGACUCGACAUAGAUCUGCUGGUUCCACUGGAGUUCAGAUGGGGGUCAAUGAAGAAGACAUGAACCUUGGAUUAUCACCAAAACUGCUCAGACACCCAAUGGGUCUUUAUACACCAAUCAUGUUUUUGCUAAAUUUCUGACAACUACAAACCUUCACGCAGUCAAAUUACCUGUCAUCUCAUUUGACUGAGUUCUUUAAGCCAGGAGUAUUGCAUGACAAGCUGAGGUUAUGUUGUUACGACAAACCCGUAGCAAAUGUACGGUGGAGCAAACUGUCUAGCCAUAAAAAAGGACUUUAUUGUGACAUAGGCUGAAAGUCAACAUCAACAGUGAUUCUGAUCAGUUUUUACUUCUUGAGCAAAGUCAACAAUACAAGGUGCACAUCGACAAAUGUAAAGUGUUUGUAAAAGUUCAAUAGUUUUUCUCAUUUCAAAUAGAAAACUUAAUAUAUAAGCAUUUAUAAAUAGAAUAGAAUAUUUAAAACCUAUUAUUUAUUGUAAUAUCAUGUAAACCAAAUGUUUUAAACAGAAAUGUAAGACUUUUGGAAAGCAUUUUUUAUGCACUCGAUAAUUUGGUUGGGGUUCCUUUUACAUCUGCAUCAUUGACUGUGGAAACUUUCGACUGGAUUGCCAGCAAUGUGGAUCCCGUGUCUCACAAACACUUUGUGAAUAGCCACUUGUCUCUCUUGGACAAAAAAGCUCCUUCCAGGUUGCCAUAAUAUUAUUUUGUGUCAACAUAUUUUCUCCAAUUCUUUAAUUUUAAAAGGCUUUUAAAGUUCUCGCAAUACACUGAAUCUUUGCAAAAUUACUGAAAUAUGAACCAGUUUUAAUGCUUGAGGCCAUUUUGAUGAAAAUAAUUUAAAAAAUAAAACCUAGAAACCCUAGAUUGUAUACGUUUAUCUGAUCACAUUUUAUGUUUUGUCAUUAAAAAGCUGUCACAAAAAUAUUUAUUUCUUAUCCUACACAUGGCACAAUAGUAAAGGCACACCUUAAUUUAUACAGCACAUGAAAAAUAUCUUCAACGGAAAGAAAAUAUUGAAUUUCCUUAUGAUGAAAUAAGGAAAUGAAUGCAAUAACAGUGUAUUCAAAGUAUGCAUGUUGAGUUUGGAGUCAAAGGUUGAAUAAGAAGUCAAAGGGACACAGAUUGCAACAUUUAGUUUGAAAUAAAAUUGUAAAACAUGACAGAAAACACUAUGGCAAGUGAAAAUUUAGCCAAAAUUGACAACCUGCCAGAAUUUUACAGAAUUAAACCUUUUCUUAGCCACAACAUUCAGCUGCACAAAAACCCAACUCAGAGUAUAACGUAUGACAACUAAACCUCCAACAGUAAAACAUUUAAUGUGGUGUAAAAGGACUAAAAACUCUAUCAAGGGCAUAAAAUUUACCAAAAUCUAAAUAGUUAAAUCUAAAUAACUAAAUAAUAUAAUUGAUAACUAAUAUGUAUCAUUAAGUAAGAGAAAAUAGCAUUUUCACUUUACUUCCUUAUUUCACAAUCAGCAUUUUUUUAAGGAUUCACAGAGGAGGGUUAAAGUCCAGGACUUACAGAUUUGUUGCAAAGCAAAAAGAAAAACAAUGAAACCACUCCAUGAAUUAAUAAACAAUUAAUAAAAAAAAAAUGCAAGAAAAAAAGUAAACAAAAUAUGCAAUAAUCAAAAAAUCACAAAUUUAAACUGUACCUAAAGGUAAUUUGGAACCAUUAUGAAAAAAAUUUAAUAUUUAAAACUUUUUGAUUGUUAUUUGCCUUUUGAAACCCCCAUAAAAACCCUUCACCAUAAAUAAUAGCGCACCAAAGAUCUGUUUUUGUCACUGGUAGAUUUUUUUAUGGAUACUUUUGCUCAUGAUGUCAAACAUCAAGUUACUAAUCACUUGAUGUUUUUAAAACAUCAUUAUUAGUCACUUUUGGCCAUUCUUCACUCACAGGUGCUACCAUAGCAGUAGCUAGUUGUGAUUAUUAAUUUGACUAUGAAUCUUGUUAGCCAUGAUUAUAAGAAUUAUGGGUUUUUAUGUGACUCUGAUUUCCAAACUUUUUGUCAUUUGGGCCAAAAUCAUCAAUUCAAAACUGCUGAGGGUCCAAAAGAAUAUAAAUAAAUAAAAGAAUACAGAAACAAAUUGUACAUUUCUUUUUACCUGCACACCUACAAACUAAGCAUGCAAUAUUUUAAUGUGCGUAAUAGAGGAAUGUCUUAAAUUGCCAUGGAUGCCACACAAAGUUAAUUAGUCCAAAGGCCACAAACAGCUCUAGGGUCACACUUUGGAAAACUUUUACCAGCAGGUGGCGCCAGAAUGUCAAUUAUUCAAUUACCAAUUUUAAAUACAGCAGAGCAGGUGCUGUCUGUCAUGAAAAUGUGUCGUUACAGAGAAAAAAUAUAUAUAAACAGGUUGAUGGUAUAGAACAAGAAUAAAGAUUAAAAUAAUUGUCGACAUGCAACAGUCACAGGCCAGAUCACGCAAAAUCUUAGUUAUAUUUUCCCAAGAUAAAUAAUUAAACAAAAUAAAAAAUUCUGUAGUGAUGAGCUAAGACCAUUAAUCUAGUAUUUUACAUCUUUUUAUAGAGUCUGCGGACUGUAAAUGCAGUUCUUAAUAUUUUCUUCAUCACAGAGUCUCUCCACCCUUUAAUGAGUUUUAAUAUCUCAGCCGCUGAGAUUUGCAUGCAUGACGCUUGAAAUAUGACAAAUAUUACAUCCAUCCUGUCCUGCUGCGACUGUAUAUAUGUUGAUACUUUUGUGCACACACAAAUGCUCCUUUUCUUUGGUAGAUUGAGAACAGAUCUGGUACAUGUUUUGGUUUGAAACAUGAUCUGCAGGGUUCCUUCCCAGAUAAUUUGCUUAUAUGAAAAUAAAGGGUAUUAUUAGGAUUUUUAGCUUACUGU